CUCCCACCACCCGCCUCUCUUCCCCCCUUCCCGCCCAGACCCUGUUCGACUUUUCUUCUCUUCCUCUUUCUUGUAUCCGUACCUCGCAUUUCCACACACGUCGCCCCUGCUCCUCUUCACUGCUGUCCCUUCUCGUCCCUCUCGUUCCCUCUCACCUUUAACCUUCAUCUCCUAAACCCAUCUCACGAAGGCCCUCCUUCUCCCCUUCCUAACCCUUCGGCCUCUUUCACAGAACGUUACAGGAGCCAUGUCGAGACCCAUAAGAAGCAGCGGUGCCCCGCAGUCCAGCGGAGGUGGUGCACCGGCCCCUACCGGCCGUUCAAAUGAGUAUUUCGUUCCCCGCGAUGGCAUCGACAGAGAAGUCAUCACGGCCGACAUCUGUCGCUACCUCGGGAACGAUGCUCUGGUUCGACCUGGCCACUACGAGAACCCUCAGACAGGCCAGGUCGUUCAGGGUUACUACAUAACCGCCUACAGGAAUUUGACGACUGCCAUGAUCGAAGAUUUGAAGGCCGAUUCGGCCAGGUGGGAAGCGGAGCGGCGGCAGCAGGCCGCUCGGAACAACGCAGCAGGUACAUUUGGUCCGAAGGGUUCCAACGGGUUACCCUCGAGACGCUCUAACUCGCCCAUCUUAGGGUACCGUGACUCGGCCACCCACAAUGCCCGACAGCACUAUGGACCGACCAAUGAUUCGCCCAGUUAUUCUGAUGGCCGUGAUCCCUAUGAUACCCCCCAAUACCCAGGAUCUCACGCACCGGGAUAUUCUGGCAGCACGAAUGCCUACGGGCAGACCGGCCCAUCCGGGCAGCCUCAGUACGGAUCUGGUGGUGGGUAUUCGUACCCUCCGCAAGGUGGUGCCCCCGCGUAUCCUGCGCAGCCGGACCCUAGAGACCCCGGGUACUCUGCAUCUCAAGGCCAAGGAUAUGGCCGGGGAGAACCAUAUACUGCCACUGCGGCCAAUUCCAUCCCGCGAGGCUACACUGAUCCCUACGGCGCUCCCCAAGGUUCCUCUCGGGUUCCAGCCACCGUGCCCCCUCCCCAGGGUCAAUCUUACAUGAACUCCUCACAACAGUCUCCUGCAGGUUAUGGUUCGUCCGGUUACGGCUACCCGCCUCCUCCACAACCGUCGGCCUACGGGGCGUCUCCUGUUCCGCCCCAAGAAUCCGGUUACGGUCGUGCCUCUCCUGGAGGCGCUGGUCCCGGGUUCAACACGGCCUCACCACAACAACAGUAUGAACAAGCCCCUAACCCCCGUUCCUCAGCGACGCCUUCCAAUACUCAAAUGGCCGGCAGUGGACCGCGUCGUGACAGAGAUUCCGUGGACCGGCAUCAUCCUGCGGAUCGGCAUCGUGCUCCGCGUCGUUGAUUUUUCGCCUCGGUUUCUUUUCCUCAGGACCUUUCAUAUGGCCGCGUUAAACUGCAUGAGAUACCCUCCCUCCCGUGGGGCUGAUCCCUUGUGUGUGCAUUUCACCCUUCAUGACCUGGGAUUGGAUCUGUACUUCCUUCGGCGUCGGCUUCAUCGUCCUUCUGGCUCGAAUUAAAAUCCGGGAUCUCUGGUGCGCCGUCACCUCUCGGGAGGUAGCAAGUUUGCUCCUCCCUGUGCCUUGUUUUGCGGGCCUAUGCCCCCUUGCAUCAGCCAGG